AUGACCCCCCCCCACUCCCUAUCGUUCUCCAUCGUCGCCGAGCACCCCCACGCCCGAUCCCCUGCCGCGCCGGAGCCCCACCUCGCCCGCGCGACCGCGCCCGAGGAACCGCCGCCUGCCGCCGACCCCCAACGCCCGAGGACGACCCCGCCGUCGCUUCUCGCCGCCACAAGGAGCUCGUCCGCCUCGACUCCGUCGACGCACGCGUCCCCGUCCUCCUCCCCGAACGGCUACAACGAGCCACGUCGCCCCCUCUUCCCUCCAUCGCCGGUGAGGCCCCGCCUCCCGCCUCCUCCCUUUCCUCCCGUCGUCGCGCCGUGUACCACGCCCCGUCCGGCAUGCCCCUGCUCGCCCCGCCGCGCCGCCCUGUCCCCUCGCCCCGCCACGCCGCUGCUCCGGCCCCGGCCACGCGCCGACCCCUUCCUCCCCCUCCCCUGCUGGCCGCGUCGGGCGCCGACGCCCACGCGCCCGCUCCGGCCCCGUUCCGGCCUCGCCGUGCCCUGGCUUCGCCCAGUGGCCGCGUGCGCGAGGCACAGCCGUGGCUGGCCGGCCACAGCCGCCGCCCCACCCUGGGUCACUGACCACAGGGGCCCCCGCCCUGGCCAGAUGGGCCAAUGA